CAAUGGAUGCCGAUACUCUUCAUCUGAUUAAGAGACUUGAAUCAGCAAUUUUUGGACGGCCCGAGAUUUCUCCAGCAGAUUCACAGUUGGAUAUUGGUCAGCAAUUAUCAAGUUUAAAGAUUGAUGAGUCUUUAGAGCUGGAUUUGCCACGGAAUCUUGAAAUAAUUGCCAAGGAUCUUCAUAAUACAAUUGAAGAAAUCCGAAAUUUUAUAAUUGAUCUGAUUCCGUUAAUUGAACCUAUUUCCAAUGCUGAAGUGGACACAGAAGACAACGGAAAAGAUUUGAGAUUACGAGCAAAGGAAUUUAUGUGUGAAUGGUCUAAUCUCGACUCCGAUAUCGAUAAUGUCAUUGAUGAAUGUUUAAAAUACAACAAUGAGACUUUUGACCCAGAAUCACCGUUAAUUUUGGAAAAUAUUCGACGAGAAAAUGAACAAACCAUAUCUCGCCUUGCCGAAACAACAUCAAGAAUAUUGGACAAUCUUUUUUCCUUAGGGGAGGCACUUAAUAUAUCAAACCGACAGGACUUGCCACAUAAAAGCUUACCUCCCGAUUUCGGCGAACAUAAAACUUCACACACACCUGGAGAAUCCAAUCAAAGUAAAUCCGGGAUAGACAAUAAUAAACCUUCAAGUCUUGUUGAAACGGAAGGUGCCAAAGAAAGAAUAGAAAGUCACAACUUGGACGAAGUUGGUGAAUAUGAACAGAGUGAAGCAUUUAGUAACCCGAUAAACUCUCCAAGAGACGAUCAGAUAAGUGAGAUCGCAAAUUCGGUUCGAAGGGAUUCCUCUUUAGGCAAUAUGGAAGACGCAAUAGAAGCUUGGGAUGUGAACGUGCAACAAGGAAAUGCAGUACAAGCACGAAACAUAUUUGCAGUUGGAAUCAUUCGUCGAAUAAAGGCCAAACUUGAAGGAAGAGACUUUGAUUCUACAACUAAAAUGUCCGUUCAUGAACAAGUAUGUAUUAAAUUGUUGGGUAAAUUGGUAUUAAAAAGUUCACCAAAUAAUGAAAAAUCUAUCAUUGCAGGUCGACAAAAUCAUCCAGCAAGCAACAAGUAUAGAUAA